GCCGGCAGCAGCAUCGUACUGAGCCUCUCUCCAUCCCAUGUGCUGCAAAGGGAAGAAAAUGAGCUCACGUUCAGACAUGUGCUCCUAGAAUUUCAGCUCUGUUCGGCUUUCCUGUUUUUAAAAAAAAUAUAGCUGGUGAUAAGAAUACAUCAGCAGCCUGGAAGAUAAUUUGUCAAUCAAAAUGCUUCCCUGCUCACCAUCCGCGCAGAUGGAGGGAUGCGAGGAGGAGGAGGAGAAGGACGCACACAUGCAAACAGAGCAGUGCAACAGACUGACGGAGGAGAGAGACGAGGCAGAGAGACAACUCAAACACAUCAAGAGAGUGUCUCAGAUGGUGAUUGAGGAGGUGAGUGUUCUGCAGACUCAGCUGGAGAUCGAGAAGUCGUGUCGGGAGAAUGCAGAGGCCCUGGCCACAAAGCUGAACUGUGAGAACAGGAAGCUGAAGUACCCGAGUCUGACGUCACGGCCGUGUUUGGACGAGCUGCUCCCCAGCAUCUCCGACUGCAUCGCGCUGGAGGCCGACGCAGACGCAGCAGACACGGGAGACUGCAGCCCCGACGUCUUCACGCAGUACCAUCAGCAGGUUAAAGAGCUGAGGGAGACGGUGAACAGCUUGUUGGAGGAGAAGAAGAAUUUUGUCUGUCAGAUUCAUGACCAGCAGCAAAGGAUAGAAGAGCUGAUUACACAGUCAGAGAAAGAUCAGACCGAGAUGAAGCAGCUUCGUGAAACAGUCGAGCAGCAAAGCAAAACCAUCAAGAGAUUUAACAGAGUCUCCAUGAUGGCAGCUCAGGAGUACGAGGGAAUGAAGGAGCAGCUCGACUUGGAGCAGAGCCUCCGAGUCAAAGCUGAAACUUAUGCACACGAGAUGCUGGUGAAGCAGAAGGAGGCCAACAGGCAAAGCAUGCUGCUGCUGCAGAGUGCUGAGCCCAGCGUUCAGCUACUCAAAGCCCUUGAAGACGUUGCUGCUGUCACCAAAACCCUGGAGGAGGAGCGACUGCAGCAUCAGCAGAAGGUGCAGAACCUGGAGGAACAGCUGGAGCAGAACCGUGUGAAGACACAGCUAGAGGCUCUGCAGAGGCAGCUGGAGCUGCUUGAGGUGGACAAGAAGGAGGCGGAGGGACGACUGGAGCAGGCACUGAAGAAGAACGAGGAGCUGGAGGAAAAAGUUCACGAGCUCCAGGAGGCCCAGAAAAAAAUCGCCAUGACAACCAGCACAGACCCUCCUCCUCCUGCACCUGGGGUCGCGCCGCCUCCCGCCCCUCCUCCACAGCCACCGCCACCCCCUCCUCCUCCCCCUCCCCCUCCACCUCCGCCUCCGCCCUCCAGAUGUAACCCCCUCAGCUCUCUGAUAGCCAUCAUGAGGAAAUCUUCCAAAGGUUCCAAAGCCUCCGUGAAGGCUGAGCAGCCUCCUGCUGCUGCUGAAGGUGUGGAUGACGUGAAAGUGAAGGCAGUGAACGAGAUGAUGGAGCGGAUCAAACAUGGCGUCGUCCUGCGGCCCGUCAAGAGUCAGGACACCAAGAGGAUAGCAGUAAAACAGCCUCCAACCUGUGAGGAGAAACAGCAGGAGAGCGCCAUGGAGGAACUGAAAGGCAUCCUGGAGACGGUGAAGAGGAGCCCCAGCCGAGGCUCGCAGGAGUCGGGACCGUCACCUCCCGGAAAGAAGGACAGCGAGCUGGAGGUCAUCCUGAGACGCCGACGCAACAAGGCGGGCGAGGCCGGUUCAGGAGAUGAGGGCCGUAUGAGCCACGUCUCAUCUUCUGACAGCCUGAAUGGAAGGCGAACCAGCAGCGACUUCGGCAAAGAUCCAGAAGGGCCCGGCGGGCUGAGUGCCCCGUCUGACCCAGCAGGGCCCAGGCUUAGCCCAGAGAGACGGGGGUCGGGCUCGGGGCCAGUCGUAGCCCGGAGGAAGAGCUCGGACACGGGCAAGGAGAGGAGGUCCUGCAGCUCUCUAUCUGAGAAAGAAACAGCCGAGUCUCCAGUCAGCAACGGCUGCAUAAACAGUGUCAAGGAGGAUCAAAUCAAGUCAAACGGAGUCGACCAUGCAGUGCCCGGUGAUGAUGCAGACGCCGCCCUCUGCGACAGCUCAAUCAACGGCAGCGCAGACGCAGAGUGCUAGGAUGGACUCUGAGUAUCUUCGGUUUGUGCGUUUAUUGACAAAAGAGUGAUGAGAUCAGAUGAUUUGCAGAGUGUUUGCCUUUUGUUUACUGUGUCAGAUCAAAAAUGGAAACGUUGAUUUUGUUGUACUUUUGUAUUUAUGUUUUUUUUGGAUUUACACUAACCGACUAACAACUCGCUCGGAUGAAGAUGCGCAGGUAACAGAGCAGUAAGAGCUAAUGCACUGGUGACUUUAUGAAAAAAGCAGGGCUCAGAUAAGGGGAGGUGAUCAGCCAUUGUAGAAACUCCAGCUGCACAAAGACCGACUGUAUCUGCUGCUCCACAUGAGGCUAACGUGCUCACAUUCAAUAAAACUGACACUCGGAUUUUUGUAGCUACUUCUAAAAACACCAAAAAGUCUCAAAGGAGCCAAAAGAACAGCGUUAGUGCACUGUUGGCUUUUCUACAACGGCUUUUAUCGGCCGCUCGCUUCUCUGAUGAUUUUUGAAAAUAAACCUGUGGAUCCAGGAGGAAGGACGGGCUGCACUGUACAAGGGAAGCUGCACUAUUUUUGCACAGAUACUCAGUUUUCUUCAGACACUUUGACUUGUAUAAAGACUGCAAAGCUUUAGGUUGAUUUAGUUCUAUUUGAUGCACAAAGAUUCUGCUCAGCGUCACUUUGUGUCAUCAGCAGGAAUGCGCUGUACUGUUAUAGAGCCCAAUUCUCUGGCUUCUCCUGCCUUGCCUCCACGUCCUGUAAUUUUUCUCCUGGUUAAGUUAGACCUGUGCUGCAGCUGGCAUCCUCAGCGGCGCGAGCAUAACUGGUUUUUCUCUGUUUAUGACCUGCAGUUGCAAAUAGUGGAGAAACGCUCUUCUUCUGCUGCUUUCAAACAAACGAAACACUUUGUCAUGGGUUGCUUUUGAGAUGUGCACCACAGAUUCUGCUGUGUUCUCCGGCAAACCAAGCAAUACCAAAUGUACCAACAGACAGAUGAUUGCAGUUUUAAAAGCGUGUUUUUUGGUAAUGUGGGGAUGUUAAAAUCGAAGCUUCUUUUCAGACAUGUUGUAGUCAAUGAUGAAAGCAUUGGAUGUUUCAGAAAGUUCCAGAUGAAGUAAAUGAACAGUUUAGUUUUGUUGUGCUGCUUUCAGCUUCCUGCAGCUGCCUGCAGCUCCACCUGUCCAGGCGUUUACCUGAGUAUGAGCUCGGGCUGAUGAAAACACCUGGGAGUCAUUUUUAUAGACAGGGUUUAAAAAAAACAAACGCUUCCUGCCUUCUCACACCUUUCAGUCCAGGUGUGUCGUCAUAAGUCAUGCAAGGUGAGAAGGGGGGAAACACAGAAGUGACAUGUGACUGAUAUUUCAGGUUUAGAGGAACACGACACAAGCUUUUUAACGAUACAUGUCACAGAAAUGUUCUCAGGGUCCAUGGGUCAGACCUUCAUCAAACCUACUUUAGGGGCCUCAGUGAGAAAACGAUGAGGAAAAAUGAGCUAAGAAUAGAAGUGCUUUGGAGGAAUUAGGGUGCUUGUGUACUUUUUCUACCUCUCCAUACACCUGCAUCUAAACCUCAACAUCCUGAGUUAUAGUCUGUGGCGUGAAAACUCAUGAGAUCGUGUCAUAGUCCACCAGAGACGAGAUGUCUUCCUCCACUGAAUCAGCACUGAGUCCAGAGACCUGUGUGCACGUGUCCUGAAACACCGCCCUCGUUCCUCACCACAACAGUUGACUUUUAUUUUGUAGGGCUUGCUGUCUUUACAUCGCUUUCCUGGCACGUGCCCGCAACAUUAAAACAUUUUUUUACGAGUAUGCAAAGACGCAAGGCACAUUUAUGUGACGCUUUCACUGCUUGUCAUCUUUUCUUAAAACACAGAAUCACAUUUAAAAAGUGCAUUUUGUUCCGUCCAUUUGGUGUGUUUUACUCUAGUGCAAAAGGACCACACACUCGACAUCAGAAGCUGCCUCAGGCCUGAAUAUUAUGCAUAUUGAGGCCUUGCACAGGCCUCCGGAUGGCAGGGGAGUCCCCCUGCAGAUGGUGCAGGUUUUGGGUCCUAGCAUCGAUUGCUUAGUUGGUAACCAAGUGGCUUCUUAACCGAGGGAUAUACCAUAUUUGACAGAGAUGGGGUGACUAGACAUUGUGUGUGUUUGAGAUAUAAAUGGAGUGUUGGUUUUUUUUAAACAUCA